AUGCCCAGCAGUCGCGCGGCGCGCUCCGUGGGAGGCCGCAAAUUGGAAGGCCGGCUGGGUGAGUGCGUGGAUUCGGGUGAGUUCAGCUGCCGCAAAUUUAAAAUUAUGAACCAACCUGUCAUCCUUUAUGCCUUAGAACGGCGCCAAAGCGGCGCCAAGAAUGUGUUUCUCACUAAGUCAGAUGUAGAGGGCAUCAUCCGGAUCAAGCAGGGCGACCAGCAGGCGCCCUCAGGCCGGCGGCGGCGGGGUGCGGGAGGGGGGGCGGCAGUGCAGGGCGGCGCCAAGAACUACAGCAAGAAGGUGCUGCAGUUCUUCCAGGUGCUGAAGGGCGCUGGCGGUCAGGACAUCCUGUGCCGCUGCGUCAAGCGCAGCGGAGAGUGGCGGUGGUGCCCCGUGGUGCCGCUCGAGGAGCUGCCCCGAGUGAUCAAGGAGCACCACGAGCGGGCGACUGGCUUCAGCGGGUGUGGAGAAGCUGUACACACAUCCUGGGCGCCCAUCACCGGCCGCAAGCGCAGCGCUGUGGAGGCAGAGCUGGCCGAUGAAGCGGAGGUGGCAGCUGCUGCGGCGGCCAUGGAUGAGGGGGAGGCUCCUGCUCGGCGCAGCAGCCAGCGGGCAGCCGCUGCGGGCCUGAUCGCCGUACUGGCCAUGGAGCACGAGCUGGAGGAUGCGGAGGAGGUGCUGCCCAUGCGGCAGCUGCCACAGCGCACCGCUGCCACUAGCAGCCCUGCUGGCCAGCGCCGCAACCGCAUAGCAGUGCUGGCAGCGGCGGCUGCGGCAGCAGCUUCGGAGGCGGGGGAGGAGCAGGCAGCAGCAGAGGCGGAGGAGGAGCAGGCAGCAGCAGAGGCGGAGGAGGAGCAGGCAGCAGCAGAGGCGGAGGAGGGCGGCACGCUGGCAGCACCACACCCGCCCAUGCCAGCACACUUGCAGGCCACCCGCUCUCGAGUGGCGGCGGCUCAGGUGAAGAACCGCCAGCGGAUCGCAGCACAGCGCAGGCCAAAGGGCGAGCCCAAGGACUUUGCUGUGGGCGAUGACGUGCUGCUGCUGCCGCCGAAGCGCGGCAAAGUGGGCAAGCAGCUGGGCCGCAACCGCAUCGUGUGCCGCGUGGUGGAGAUCAAGCGGCCUUUUGGCGUGACCAUGUACCGGCUGCGGAGCGGAGCUGGAGUGGUGGAGGGUAUGCAUCAGGCCAGCAGGCUAUCUAAGGCGCCACCCAGCCUGGCCAGCGAGCUGACCUUCAGCGGCACGGCGCAGCGAGGAGUGCCUGUGGUGUCUCUCAAUGUGGCGAUGGCGGCGCAGCCCGGCGGCGGCAAGGCAGCCGUGCGCUGCGGCUGCCGCGGCGCCUGCACCCGGAACUGCAGCUGCAAGAAGAAUGGUGCGCGGUGUGGGCGGCACUGUGGCUGUAUAACCGUGCUAAGCCACCAUGGCUUUUGCUGUCGAAGGUCUCGGCCAGAAGAACACAUCAUGGCGCCAAAUCAUGACGGCAGUCUGUGUCCUGACGCUGGCGACGGUGCUGUUGCGAGUACUCUCAUGAUUACGUUCGUGGCGCUGUCGAAUGUGUACACCUGCCGCCUGCUGCUGAGGGGCGCUACGUCCACCGGCGCCAGCGACUAUGAGCAGCUUGCCUUUGCCAUCGGCGGCUUCUGGGCACGGCUGUGGAGCGAGAUAUGGAUCGUGCUGCUGCUGGUGGGCACCAACAUUGGCGCCAUCAUCCAGAUGGGAGAAUCCUUUGGGUUUGCCAUCAGCUCCCAGUGGCCCGAUGCCCCGAACUGGCUGUGGGAUCGCAGCGGCACCGCCGCCAUGCUCUUCUUCACCCUCUGCGUCAUCUUCCCGCUCUGCAUGCUGCCCCAGAUGCGGAAGCUGGAGCUGGUGGGCGCCUUUGGCUCCAUCAUCCUCUGGGUGCUGGCUGGCAUCGUGAUGGUCAAGUCGUGCAUCGAGGGGCUACCCGCCCUCGCAGACGGCGACUUCCCAAAGGUGUCAUCAAAUGACCUGACCAGCGUGUCGGAAACGUUCUCCCUGUUUUGUUUCGCCUUCUACCACCAGGUGAUGAUGAUGCCUCUGCUGAGCGAGAUGCCGCGCGUCACCAGCGAGGCUGCCAAGCGCAGCGCCAAGGACCUCAACAAGGCCUCCGCCAUCACCAUCCUGCUCACAUCCGGCCUGACAUACUGGGUCACCGGCUUCUUUGGCGCGGCCAUGUAUGGUGCCACCAACAUUUCCGACAACUUGUUGGAGAACGAAUGGCUGCCCGGUGUGGGCACCUUCAUCCUCAACUUGGCGGUCACGAUCUACCUGGCCAUCUCCACUCCCCCCAUCUUCCACGCCACAAACCACACGGUGGAGAGCUGGCUGCUGCGCGUGUUCCCGCGCGGCUUUGGCGGGCUGAGCCGGCCCUGGGUGCAGCGCUUCAUCGUCAACUGCUGCACCAUCCUGCCCUGCCUGGGCGUCGCGCUGGGCGUGCCGGGCGAGAGCGGCACCGUGCUGUCCUUCACCGGCGCCACCGGGGUGGCCAUGUGCUCCUACAUCUUGCCCGUGAUCUUCCACUUUGUGCUCUACUUUGGAAAGGCGCGGUGCAUGCGCGUGCCGCAGUCUGCCAGCAGCGGGGAGCUCGAGGUCAAGAAGGAGGUGGGGGCCGCGGACCUGGAGUCCCCGCUCAACGGCGGCGCAGCCGACGGCUCGGUGGGCGCGGGCACCGAGGGCCUGUCUGUGGACGGUGGGAAGGAGCCCUCGCUGGGCCAGCGCACCGAGUCGCAGAUGAUCCCCGACCCGCGCGCGCCGCCCGGGCUGAUGUUCAUGUACCGCAAGCCCCGCUCCCACGCCGCCAUCACGGUGGGGUACGACAUCGUACUGCCCAUUCUGGUCUUCUCCCUGGGCUGCUUCUUCUCCGUGGCCACCCUGGUGCUGCUGUUCCAGCCCGCGGGAGAGGAGUGAGGCCCCGCGCCAGCAGAGUGCGGGGGCGGCGGCAUUGCUGGCGGCACUGCUGGCGGCACUGCUGGCGGCGGCUCGUGGCUGGCCCUUGGGGCCUCUGCGAGUCCGCACCGAGGCGGAGGGUUAGCCUCUGCUGAAAAACACCACAAACACAACAAGGUUCCCAAGUUGGGCCGUCAAGGGCAAACACAACACACAAAACACAACCACCCCCACCCAACCGGCGGCUCUCAGCCCUCGGCAUUUGACAUGAUGUACCUCCCACCGCUGCAUCCCUUCAUCAUCGGGUGUCCUGUACCUUGCGGCCCGCCCAUUUUUCUGCACGUACGUGCACACAGAGCCACCACCCCUUGAAUUAUUCUAUUAUCAAACAACACCAGUAUGUCUUUGUCGGCAGCGCUCUGUCCACUGUGUACUGUUGACGUUA